AUGAGCUACAAGACAUCUGAGGCGUUCAACCCCCUGCCACCCGGACUGGACGACCUCAACGCCAAGCCCAACGCUUCCGGCGGCGCACCCAUGUCCGGGGUGCAAAUGCUUAAUGGCUCGACCCUGGCAAUCAUUGUCGCCCUUCUACUCGUGGGCUAUGCCACUGAGUUCGUCUUCAGCCUCAUCUACAAUGUCUACUUCCAUUCGUUACGAAGCUUUCCUGGCCCAAUAGCAGGUAGGGCGAGCCAUUGGUGGAAAGUAUAUAUCGAGGUGUGGAAGAAGGAGUCCAUGACCGAUGUCCUGACAAGACUGCACAAACAGUAUGGCGAUGUUGUACGAACGGCACCCAAUGAACUUCAUUUUGCCAGCCCCAAAGCAUACUUCGACAUAUAUGCCCCGGCGAUACGAUGGGACAAGGAGAAGAUCCUAUACCAUUCGAUGGGUGUCGACAGUACGUCGUUCGGAUACCUGACCUACCCGCAAGCCAAGCAGCGGAAAGACGUACUGCAGCCUCUUUUUUCGAGAAGAGCAGUCAGCGGCAUUCAGGGGCUUGUCAGACAGAAGCUUGAUGAUUAUUGUGACGCAUUGGUCCGUCAAUAUGCCGCCGCACAGUCGUCCAACAUGUAUCUCGGGCUUCGAUGUCUCACGGUCGACACCAUCUCUGCAUUCUGCUUCGGCAAAUCGCUCAACGCGUUGUCUGCCCCUGAUUUCAAGGCGCCCAUAGUCAUCGCGAUGGACUACGCCAACCCUGAGUUCCUCCCUUUCAAGCACCUACCCUCAUAUCGAAACCUCAUAUGGGCCCUACCACCUUCAAUAUCCGUCAACUUCCUACCAGACACUUCUGGCUUUGCACAGAUCUCGAACCUGACCCAGGAGCAAGUGGAUGCUGCUUUUGACGAUCCCUCGUCGCUCCAGAAAUAUCCUCAUCCCACCAUCUACCACCGGCUCCUGGAUCCAGCUGCACAGGAUGGCCAUCCAGUACCGUCAAAAGAGAUGCUAUUGGAGGAGGCGAAGAACUUGAUCUUUGCGGGCACGGAUACGACGGGCAACACUCUUUAUGUUGGUUUCUGGCACUUGAUGAGGAAUUCCAAACUGCAGGCUCGUCUGCGAGAAGAGGUGCGUUCGAUAUGGCCUAACCUGUCCGCUCCGCCUAGCUAUGAGGCACUGAGCUCGCUCCGGGUUCUCACAGCAGUCAUCAAAGAGUCUCUGCGGGUUUCAUCCGGUGUGGCAUCGCCCCUCUCCCGAGUCGUGCCAGAACAAGGCGCCACCAUUGGUUGCUAUACUGUCCCAGGCGGCAUCGUUGUCGGCAUGUCAGCCGUCUUCAUGCACUACAACGCCGAUAUCUUCCCCAGCCCUCACAAGUUCGAUCCUGAACGAUGGCUCGGCUCUAAUGCCAAGGAGCUCGAGAAAUACCUCGUCUCCUUUUCCCGUGGACCACGGUCAUGUCUCGGUAUCAACUUGGCUCACUGUGAGCUGUACAUGUCGUUCGCCACUCUUGUGCGAAAGUUCGAGAUGACGCUAGACAAGUCCAUCGAGGCGAAGCUGAAUGUGGACCAGCACGGCAAUCUGAUGUGGACGGACACGUUUUUACCAUGGUUUUAUGGGCAGCAAGUCCAGAGUUGGUGCAAGCCUGUUGAGACUUGA